CGAAACUGUCGAAAUCUUCUCGUCCAGCCCCGUAAGAAAUCAACAAUCAUGAAGUGCAUCGCUGUAGUCAUGAUGGCCCUGACCGUUGUUGCUUUGGGAGCCCCGAGCACUUAUUCCGUCGUCCAGCAGAAUGUAGUUCCCCAGUUGGUAGCGCCGGUUCCGUGGGCUAGCUAUGCCGCCGCCCCAGUCACCUACGCUGCUGCCGCUCCCACCGUUGUGCAUGCCAAUGUUGUUUCUCGGUAUGUGGCACCAGUGGCCUAUGCUGCCGGUCCAGCGCUAACCUACAACACCGUCGACACCACGGUUGUUGAAGCCGCCCCAGUCGUAGCUCAUACCGCCACCGUUGUUGCUCAACCCGCUGUUGCCGUUGUUGCCCAGCAGGAGGCCCGCUAUCUGGCAGCCAACCCUGGAUCCGUCCAUGAAGCUCCCCUUCCAGGACACACCGUCUCGCAGCAGUCGCUGAACCUGGAGGCUGCCCCCGGAACGGCAUAGAUUUUUAUUGAACCAAAAAAGUUAAUAAAGUAUUAAACAGAAUAU